GUUUUAAGUAAUGAUAGCAUGAGGCCCAAUCGCCUUGAAAGGCGUUUGAAGAAACAACAUCCUACUCUGGUUUUGAAGACGAAAGAGAUUUUUUUCUUCUAAAGCAGAAUCACUCAAGCGGAUAAGACUGGCUUAAAUCGGGAAGUUACAACACAGGUGUAUCGCAGCAUCUCAAAGCUUCAUUUGAAAUAGCUUUUAUGAUAGCA